AUGCCACCACCGCGCGCCGCAGCAGCCGCCUUCGUCUCCCUCCACCCUGCGGCGCACACGACCAUCGCAUCAUCAUCCGGCAUCUCUCACGCCCAUGCCAACCACCGACCUCAAGCGCAUAGAAUCCAACUACAAACACGACUACAUCCCCCAAUACUAUCCUCUCGAACAACCCCAUUCUCAACAUCCACACACCGCUCCGCCACCGCCCACGAACCAAACUACUACGAGAUCCUGGAUAUCCCCGUAACCGCGACAGCAGCCGAGAUCAAAAAACAAUUCUACGCUCUCUCCCUGCGUCACCACCCAGACCGCAACCGCGCCGACCCGAACGCCUCACAGCGCUUCGCCCGCAUCUCCGCCGCGUACAACGUCCUCGGCAGGGCCUCCAAGCGUGCCUCCUACGACCGCGAGCAUGGAUUCCAUCAUGCGCAGCAAUCACAUAGUCACACGCAUCCGAUGGGGAGUCAUAGUAGCCACUCAGCACACCACCACAAGGGAGGUGCAGGAGGAGGAGGGAGCUAUGCCGGGUCCAGACCUGCAAGCGGACUGAGUAAACGCCGCGGCGCGUUCAGGGGUCCGCCGCCGAGCUUCUAUGAGCAGGGGGGAUAUGGGGGGACCGGGAGGACGGCGGAGGGGUUUGCCGGGGGUGGCUUUUCUGGAGGAUCGUCAAGUGCAUGGGGAGGAUUUGGGGGGAAGAAGAAGAAACAGGAAACAGACCCCGAAGACCCAACCGCGUUUAUAGACCGCAACCCGCUAGGCCAUUUCAAUGCUCGCGGCCACUUCAGGACGCAGACUGCUGAAGAUGUGCGGCGGCGCGAACGCCGGUCAAGAGCUAGGGCUGCUGCUGCAGAGAAUCUUGCCAAUUCGUCUGGUGCGGGACCCGGGGACUUUGCGCUACGGUUUAUGGUUGUUUCGGGGAGUUUGAUGAUCGCGGGGGCGAUGACAGGUUUGUUGAAGUGGCCUGGGGCUGCUGGUUCUGGUUCUUCCGGUUCUGCUACUACGUCUACGGGCACAGGCACAGGUGGCAAGAAAUCGGGGAGUGCGGGGGGCCGUGGAGAAGCUGUAUCUGGACCAUGA